UGCCAAAUCCAAGGUUAUGAAGAUUUUCCACUAAGUUUUCUUCUAAGAGUUUUAUGGUUUUUAGCUUUAUGUUUAGAUCUUUGAUCCGUUUUGAAUUAAUUUUUGCAUGUGGUAUAAGGUAAGGGUUCCACUUCAUUCUUCUGAAUGGCGAUAUCCAGUUUUCCCAGCACCAUUUGUUGAAAGACUGUCCAUUGAAUAGUCUUGGCACCCAAGUUAAUUAUAUUUGUGAGGGUUUAUUUCUGGGCUCUCCAAUGUAUUCCAUUGGUCUUUAUAUCUAGAGUUUGAGAAAGAUUGGUGUUAACUCAUCUUUAAAUGUUCGAUAGAAUUCACCAGAGAAGGCAUCUAGUCCUGGGCUUUUCUUUGUUAGAACAGAACCUGAGAGACCUGUGGGACACCAUCAACCACCAGCAUACACAUCAUAGGAGUCCCAGAAUGACAAGAGAGAGAGAAAAGAAGCAGAAAAAAUAUUUGAAGAAAUAAUGGCUGAAAACUCCUCCUAAUUUGAUGAAAUACAUGAAUCUACAAACCCAAGAAGCUCAAUUAACUCCAAGCAAGAUAAACUCAAAGAGAUCCCCAGUAAAAGUCUAAAAUUCCUAUUGUCAAAACUCAAAGACAAAGAGAGCAUUUUGAAAGCAGCAAGAGAGAAGAGACUCCCUACAUACUCAAUAAGAUUAACAGCUGAUUUCUCUAGAGAAACCAUGGAGUCUAGAAGGUAGUGAGAUGACAUUCUAAAUCUUGAAAGGAAAAAAAAACUUUUAACCAAGAAUUUUCUAUCUGGAAAAACUAUCCCUCAAGAAUGAUGGAGAAAUUAAGACAUUUUUGGAUAAACAAAAGCUGAGAGAGUUUAUUACCAAUAGUCCUUCCUUUCCCUGCUAAAGGGAGUUCUUCAGGCUGAAAUGAAAAGUCACUAGACAAUAACUCGAAGCCAUAAGAAGAAAUAAAGACCCCUGGUAAAGGUAACUAAAGCCAAUGGCUAAUGGGCAUAUGAAAAGAUGCUCAACAUUGCUAAUUAUUAGAGAAAUGCAAAUCAAAACUGGAAUGAGGUAUCACCUCACAUUGGUCAGAAUGGCCAUUAUCAAAAAGUCUAGAAAUAAUAAAUGCUGGAGAGGGUAUGGGGAAAAGGGAACCCCUGUUGGUGGGAAUGUAAAUUAGUGCAACCACCUUGGAAAACAGUCUGGAGGCUCCUUAAAAAACUAAAAAUAGAAUUACCAUAUGAUCCAGCAAUCCCACUCCUGGGCAUAUAUCUGGAAAAGACAAAAACUAUAAUUCGAAAAGAUACAUGCACCCCCAAUGUCCAUAGCAGCAUUAUUUGCAAUGGCCAAGACAUGGAAGCAACAUGUGUCCAUCAACAGAUGAAUGGAUAAAGACGAUGCAGUGUAUAUAUAAUGCUAUAUCACUCAGACAUAAAAAAGAAUGAAAUAAUGCCAUUUGCAGCAACAUGGAUAGACCUAGAGAUAAUCAUACAAAGCGAAGUAAGUCAGACAGAGAAAGACAAAUAUCAUAUAGUAUCACUUACAUGUGGAAUCUAAAAAAAAAUGAUACAAAUGAACUUAUUUACAAAAUGGAAACAGACUCACAGACAUAGAAAACAAAUUUAUGGUUACCAAAGGGAAAGGGGAGAGAAUAAAUUUGGACUAUGGAAUUGAGAGAUACACACUACUGUAUAUCAAGUAGAUAAACAAGAAGGAUUUACUUGUUACAACAAGGUCAGAAGCUCUUGCUCCAGCCUCAGAGUGCUGUAUUUAUAUCUCGGUGUGGAUCCUGACCUUGAGCAGGUCAAUAGAUUCUGUAUCCAUUUCCCCUUAUGUGAAACUGGAAAAUGAUAGCACUUAUGUCAUAACUUAGUUAUGAGGAUUAAAUGGGAUGUAAAAUGCUGAGAAUAAUACUUGGUAUAUAGUAAGAACUUAGUACAUGUUAGCAAUUAUUAUCACGUUUUACAAAAGAAGAAGCAAAGUCAGAGAAGUUAUAGAAGACCCAGGGUCAGCCAUAGUUCAUGUAGUCAGGGUCAGUGAAGGGCUGCCUGAUGCCUUAACUGUGGCUCUUUCUGUUACAUAUGCAAUCCUUACAUUUUCGAUCUGUAUUCUCUUAACUUCCUGGAAGGCAAAUGUUUGCAUUUAUUUUGCGUUUUUCUCCCAGACUUCAGUUUGAUUGGUUUAUCUCCAAAUCUGGAGCCACUAUACUUAGAGCCUGGGAAACCUUGAAUCCUUGACCCAUCAUUUACUAGUUCCAUGACAUUGAGCAAAUUUAUUUAAUGUGGCUAAGCCUCAGUUUCUUCAUCUGAAAAACAGAGAGGUUAUGAAGAUUAAAUAAGAUACUGUAUAUAAAGUGCUUACCCAGUGCCAGGCAAUGCUCCAUAGAUGCUAUAUAAUCUACCGCUUAUCUUUGAAGAAGAUGGUUUUUGUUGUAGGAGAUGUUAUUAAUGCAGUAUUAGGGGAAGUUUUAGGCAAUUAAAUGUUUGUGCUUUUUUGUAAGGAUUGAUUAAUUUCUUAAGUGCAACAAAUCCUCUUAGUCUUUUGAUGGUGAAAGUGCAAGUAUAAAAGGUUUCUAUCAAAAUUUCUUAAAAGACUGCUUCCCUUCUGAAAUGCUGAGACAAAUGCAGAGAUGCUUUCCUUACCAUGGCAGGGAAAAGAGACUUGCAUUAUACUUCUUUGUGCAUUAUUUUUUUAUUUUUUUAAAAAAUUAUUUUAUUGAAAUAUAGUUGAUUUACAAUGUUGUAUUAAUUUAUGCUGUACAGCAAAGUGAUUCAGUUAUACGUAUAUAUACAUUCUUUUUUUAAUAUUUUCAUUUUAUUGGAGUAUAGUUGAUUUACAAUGUUGUGUUAGUUUCAGGUGUACAGCAAAGUGAUGCAGUUAUACAUAUACAUAUAUUCAUUCUCUCUUAGAUUGUUUUCUCAUAUAGGUUCUUUGUGCAUUUUAAAAAAUUUAUUUAUUUAUUUAUUUAUUUUUGGCUGUGUUGAGUCUUUGUUGCUGCAUGCAGGCUUUCUCUAGUUGCGGCGAGCGGGGGCUACUCUUCGUUGUGGUGUGCGGGCUUCUCAUUGUUGUGGCUUCUCUUGUUGCAGAGCACGGGCUCUAGGCACGUGGGCUUCAGUAGUUGUGGCACGUGGGCUCAGUAGUUGUGGCUCACGGGCUGUAGAGCACAGGCUCAGUAGUUGUGGUGCAUAGUCUUAGUUGCUCUGCGGCAUGUGGGAUCCUCCCAAACCAGGGCUUGAACCCGUGUCCCCUGCAUUGGCAGGUGGACUCUUAACCACUGCGCCACCAGGGAAGUCCCUCUUGGUGCAUUAUUGAUGAAACUCUUCAUUUUUCCCCUCUGAAUUUGCAGCUCAUGUUGCAACUGCCUCCAGAGGCAUCAUCUUCUUCUUCACCUACCUCCCAUACCUGUACCUCGCUUUCAGCUACAACCAAAGGAGUCACUUCCAAAAGAUUGCCUUUUGUCUCCUCUCCAGUGUUGCCAUGGCACUGGGAGUCCGAUUAAUCUCCACAUAUAAGACAAAAGGUGAACCUUACCUUUCUCAAGGUAAACUGCCUUGAUGUUUUGCCAUUUGCUGACAGGCAGAGUUGACCUUCAUUGCCAAAUAAACAUAACUGGCUCAUUUUAUUCAGUGUUCUGAGCAUUUACAGUAUACUUACAUCUAUGGUAGGUACUGUAAGAAACACUUAAGAAAUGUAGAAUGACGUUUACACCAUGCAGCUUACAAUGUAGUUUGGGAGAAAAACUAAAGCAUGUAAAUGAUUAUACACCUAUAUAGUUGUAUAGAUCUAAAAUGUAUAGAUUUAUGAUUAGAAGUUCAAAUAACACUUUAGAACUUUACAGAUAAUGUAGUGCUAUUACAGAUACCAUAUUUUAUUCUCAUAGGCUUCAGAGUUAGUCUUCUUUCACAAGUUGGUCUAGGGGGCCUUCCAUCAGAGAUGUUACAACUUCCACACUUUGGAGUUGAAAGUACAAUGUGAAGUUUUCAUUUGUCUCAUGUUUCUGGAGUUUGAAGAAUUCCCCACAACAUCUACAGUCAUUGCAGAAGAUUGCAGCCAACAUGUCAAUCAAAAUGUAGGAUGCUGGGACUUCCCUGGUGGCACAGUGGUUAAGAAUCCACCACCAAGGCAGGGGACACAGGAUCAAGCCCUGGUCUGGGAAGAUCCCACAUGCCACGGAGCAACUAAGCCCCUGCACCACAACUACUGAGCCCGUGAGCCACAACUACUGAGCCCACAUGCCACAACUACUGAAGCCCACAUGCCUAGAGCCCGUGCUCUGCAAGAAGAGAAGUCACUGAAUGAGAAGCCCGCACACUGCAAUGAAGAGUAGCCCCUGCUCGCCGCAACUAGAGAAAGCCCAUGCGCAGCAACGAAGACCCAACACAGCCAUAAACAAACAAGUAAAUAAAUAAAAUGUAGGACCCUGAGGUCUGUGGGGUUACAGUACUUCUGAAUGGAACAGUUUCCCAUUUCGGUGGUACUAAGAUAAUCUGCUCUGAACACUCUAACAAGUGCCUUCAUUGCUCAAUGUUAGCUUUUAUCACCAGAGUCCAGGUCCCAAAUGAUAAAGCUUGGUUUAGCAGCAGAUAACAGGGAUAGGAGUUAUAAGUUGGGUCGAGUUUGUGGGUCCCCUUACUGCAAUUGGGAUAAUCUCCAAUGUCCUGGUUAGAGGCAUCACCUACCAAUGAAUUUCUUUAUUAAGUUUGGAUGGUCUAAAUGGGUUAAGGGUGCUUAAAAUUUAAUAAAGGAUGUUAAGUUGACCAGAAUUUAUUGAAAGUGAGUGGUUUUCUUUAACAAAGCAAUGUUGAGACCAUGAUUUACAAAUACUUAUGGAGGAAAAGUAUAUUUGAAAUGGUAUAUCUGAUUCCUUACAUGUUAGUGAAUGAACGUAGAUGCUUUAUGGAGCCUAUCUGUUGAAAUUGAGGGAAUUUAGGUAGGUGGUUGGACUGGAUGAACGGUGUGUUAUGUUCAGUGUUCAUUCCUGAAAGACACAGGAUAGCCCAUAAAUGGUGUCUAGUGUUACAGCUGAAGGAAAUACAAAUGCAUAUGAUCAUAAGCAGGUAGGAAUCUCUAAGAAUAUAAUUGAUGAAAUGUUAGAAAUCCGAGGAUAAUAUUUCUUAUUUAGAAUCCUCAUACUUUCACUGGAUUAGGCUUUCCUAUUCAUUUGACCUAUCUGCUCAAAUCAGAUAGCAUGCCUUCUAGUGAGUGAAUAAAUAAAAUUACUAUGGGGCUUCCCUGGUGGCACAGUGGUUGAGAGUCUGACUGCCGAUGCAGGGGACGCCGGUUCGUGCCCCAGUCUGGGAAGAUCCCACAUGCCGCAGAACGGCUAGGCCCGUGAGCCAUGGCCACUGAGCCUGCGCGUCUGGAGCCUGUACUCCGCGAUGGGAGAGGCCACAACAGUGAGAGGCCUGCGUACCGCAGGAAAAAAAAAAAAAAUUACUCUGUACAUUUUCUCAGUAAGUCUAGUGCAGUGCUUUCGGUUUUAAUCUUGAGCAGGAAUCACUAUAUACAACAUGAAUCAGGCCUCUGGUUGUAUGGCAGAAACAUUUUGCCCUCUUAAAAUCAGAACCUGCAUGCUUGUGGAGCAACUGGGUUUGUCACUUGAAAUUUCCAUUUAUUGAUUUGUUAAUUUAUUAUUUACUAGAUUGAUUUUAGUUUUUAAGAGGCCCAGUAAAUAGCACCCUUCUCCCCUCCUUAGUUUCUGAACCAGUUGAGAAACAAUACAGAGAUGUCAUCUUAUUAAUACCCAAAUAUCUUUUUAUAACUAAUAAAAAACUUAGUGGAUGGGUUAUUAUAGAUGCUCAGAUGGGCCUUUUUAUCUCAGCUCCUCAAGCUUGUCAGUGCUGUCUUGUAGCCCUGACUAAUCUUGUUUCAAUCUCUUCCCUUCCACAGGUAUUGAUCUCAAGGGUAUUCCUUAAUAAACAUCUUGCAUACUAAACUCCAUUUCAGGGUCUGUGUCACAAGGAACCCAACCUGUGACUAUUGAAUUUAUCUCUGGGACCCCUAUUAAUGUGAGAGAGGUCUCCUAUUUUGCUCUCCACCUGGGUGGGACGCUGGGCCUUGUUGUUUAGCUCCCUUGCCUUGAAAGGCCAUCCGAAUGGAAGCCCAAAGUUUUCUUGUUAGUAAAUGACCUCUGAGCAAAAGAGUUCCAGUAGGAAAAGAGAGAAUAGGGCAGAGAAAUACAUUUGAAAAGAUGGUGGCCAAACCUGUUCCAAAACUGGAUUUCAGGAAGACCAGCAAAUCCCAAACAAGAUUACAAUAAGAAAUCUACAUUAGACAUACAAACAUAAAAUUGAGCACACCAGAGGUCAAGAGAAAAAUCUUAAAAGUAGCUGGAGGGGAAAAAAAAAAGACAUUGCUUUUCAAAGGAGCCAAGAGUGGGAGCCUGAAGAUAGUGGCUUUAUACGUUGUAUACAAUAAUAAUGAUGAUGAUAAUGAUGAUGUCUUUAGGAUUUUUUUAAAAAGAUAGAAUUAAAAUACAUAAAAGGGUUUUUGAGGAGAUAAAGUCAGAAAUUAGUGGGGGUAAAUACUUUUUGGAAGGGGAGUAAAGAUAUUGAUUAACUUUAGACUUUGCAGCAAUGUACCAGGUAAUUCACUACUGAGCCAACCAGGAAAAGGCUAGGAACAAUGUAUAACUUUCAAACUUAAUAGAGAGAAAAUGGAAUAAUCAAAAGAUUGGUUGAGUCAAAAAGAAGUGGUGUGGGAGAGGAAUUAUGUCACAUGGCCUCUUCUACUGCAAAGGGGGAUGAGAAGUCAGGGAAGAAAAAUCAUGAUCAAAGAGAUGUGAGGGCAGGUGAACUUUGCCAGAUUCCUUUCAGCAGCAACCUGCUCUCAAACACAAAUAAAUAAAUUGUGGAAAGAAGUAACAGCUAACUCCUACCCAAUCCAAACUCCAGCAGUAUUUUUGUUUUGUUUUGUUUUUUAAAUAGAACUCGAUGAGCUGAUUCUCAAAUGUACAUGGGAGUAUAAAGGACCAAGAAUAGCCAAGAACUCUUGAGGAAGAACAAAACAGCAAAACUUGUUUUACCGGAUUUCAUGAUUUAUCAUAAAGCAAUGGUAAUUAAGAUUAUGGUUGACAAAUAGACUAAUAGAACAGAAGAGAAGGGAGAGAUAAAUGCAUUGUUAAAUAUCAGAGAUGAUACUUCAGAGCAGUGGGAUUUAAUAAAUGGUGCUGGAGCAACUAAAGAACCUUAUGGAAAAAAUUGAAAUUGGACUUUGAAUUCACACCAUAUGCAGAUAUCAAUUCCAAUGUAAAAAAACUAUAAAGUGGGGCUUCCCUGGUGGCGCAGUGGUUGAGAAUCUGCCUGCUAAUGCAGGGGACAUGGGUUCGAGCCCUGGAAGGUCCCACAUGCCACGGAGCAACUAGGCCCGUGAGCCACAACUACUGAGCCUGCGCGUCUGGAGCCUGUGCUCCGCAACAAGAGAGGCCGCGAUAAUGAGAGGCCCUCGCACCGCGAUGAAGAGUGGCCCCCGCUUGCCACAACUAGAGAAAGCCCUUGCACAGAAACGAAGACCCAACACAGCCAAAAAUAAAUAAAUUUUUUAAAAAAGUAACAAAUAUUAAGUACAAUUGGUGUCUUUAAAAAAAAACACUAUAAACUUUUUUGGAGAUGAUAUAGGAGAGUACAUUCAUGUACUUGAAGUAGGAAAGAUUUCUUAAACAAGACACAAAAAUAACUAACCAUCAGGAAAAGACUGAUAAAUAAUGACAUUAAAAUUAAGACACCAUGAAGAGAAUGAAAGGAGAAGCUACAGAGUGGGAGAGGAUGCUCGAUACAUUUAACCUGCAAAAGGCUUGUAUCCAGAAUAUUUAAAGAAUUCAUAAAAUCAAUUAUAUAUCAUACUUUAUAGUAAAGAAAAAAACAGGCAAAAAUAGGUACUUCAUGAAAAGACAUUUCCAAAUAGCCAAUAAACAUAUGCAAGCUAGAAGAAAAUGAAGUGACAUAUUUAAAGAAAGUACUGAAAGAAAAACCUUGUCAACUCAGUGUUCUAUAUCCAGGGGAAAAUUAGGGAGAAAUGAAGACUCUCUCAAACCAAAGUGACAGAAUCAAUUGCUGGGAGACAUGACGAGAAAUGUUGAGUUCUUCAAGCAAAAACAAUAUCAUAUCAGACAGAAGCUUGGAUCUGCACAAAGAAAUUAAGAGCACUGAAAAUGGAAGAUACAAUUUAUUUUGUCUUUUGUGGAGGUUUCUGGCUCUAAAAGAGAACUGACUGUCUAAAGCAAAAGUGGUAACAAUGUAUUGUGUUUAUAGCUUAUGUGAAAAUGAAAUGUAUGACAACAGUAGCAAAGGGUGGGAGGGAAGAACUGGAAACUGGAAAUUGUUGUAAGAUCCUUAUGCUACACAUGAAGUAGUAUAAUAUUAUGUGAAGAUAGACUAAAGAUGAUUUUAAACCCUAGAACAACACUAAAAAAAUUUUUAGAGGUAUAAGUAAUAAAUCGAUAGUAGAAAUAAAAUGGAAUGAUUAAAAAAAAGUCCCCAUUAAUGCAACAAAAAGAGGAAAAAAGAAACAAAGAAAAGUUUGGACCAAAUAGAAAAGAGCUGGCAAAGUGGUAGAUUUUAAUCCAACCAAUAAUCACAUUAAAUGUGAAUAAUCUAAACGUACCAAUUAAAAAGAGUCAGUUUAGAUAAAAAGGCAAAACCCAACUAGAUGCUGCCUACAGACAAAGAUGAUGGUGAAGUUGUAAAGGGGGUGUGCACAUUUGGGGUUUUGGGGGUUAUUGAUUUGGGUGGUAGUUGUACAAAGUACUUCCUGUGUAAUUGCUUGUUAAACUCCAUUUUAUAUACUUGAUAUGUAUAUUCCCAAUAAAUAAAUAAAGUUAACUGGCAAUCAAAUGUCUGCUGAGGUAGGGAAGGAGCCUUGUCUCUUUCUUCUUUUCGGACACUGCAGACUUACACUGAACAAGGAUGCACCUGGCUUUCACAAACUAAGUGUGCUGACUGUUUAUGGCAGCUGAGGUUUGCGAGACCUGUCUGUAAGCCAUGGUGAAAGGCAAGGCUCUCGAUUGGCACAAAGACAGACACAAGUCAUAGAAUCUCAUCUCAGGAAGGGCAUCAGAGGUUUCCUGGCCCCUCGCCCCUCACAGCGUGGCCUGUGCUCCAGCAGCAUCAGAACCCUCAGAGAGCUUGUUAGGAAUGCAGACUCCCAGGCCCAUCCAGACGCACUUAAUCAGAACAAAAUCCCCAGGUGAUUAGUAAGCACGGGAAAGUUUGAGGAGCACCGUUCUAGCCCAUCUGUCUGCUCAUCAGUAUUUGAAUGUCUCCUCUGGUGUUGCUAGUUACCACCUCCUCAAUCCUGCCGUGUGGCAACAGAUGCAGGGUAUCUUGGAUGCUUUACAUGAGAAGCUUAGUCAGCUUGCAUUCAGAUUAGACACUUGGCAUCACAAAGGAUACUUAUCUUUAUACUCACCCAGGAAUUGGUCCCAAGCCCAUCCUCAGCACUCCUUUCUUCAUGGCAUAUGUAUGUAUUGAGCAGCUGCUGCAUAUGAGGUCCUGGGUCAGAUGUUGGAGAUACUGAGAUAAGCUGACAGUCCCUGGCCCCAAGCUGGGGUUGGCAAUAAGUGAGCAGUUUCACAGUGCGGAGUGAGACCUUCAAUCCUCACAAUUAGCGCAGGGUGCCCCAGAUGCACGUGGGUUAGACAUAUAACCCAAGAGAGUGAGUAUACAUGCUUGCUGGGGAAGGAGAUACCUGUGCUGACCUACCAAGUAAGAAUUAACCAAGCAAAGAAGGUGGGGAGGAGUAGGAAGGGCUUACCUGACAGCAUGUGCAAGAGUGUGAAGAUGUGUCUCAGAUGACCAAAUUUCCACUUCUUGGUGCCAAAGAAUCAUUUUGGCAAUAAUAAGAAUGUUUUAUUGGGAAUUCCCUGUCAGCCCAGUGGUUAGGACUCAGUGCUUUCACGGCUGGGCCCAAGUUCAGUCCCUGGUUGGGGAACUAAUAUCCCACAAGCUGUGUGGCAUGGUCAAAAAAACCAAAAAACAAAAAAAAGUUUUACCUUCUUUGAGAAACCAACAGCUAGCUUUUCUUUUCCUGUGCCUAACUUUUGUCCCUUAAUACCCCAGACAUGAAUAGUCCAGUCUUCUCAUUGGCUUGUUCUCCAACUGUUUGAUUGGAAAGUUCUGGUAACUUUUCUCUGUCUUCGAUGUGGUGACUGUUUUCCUUCCUUUGGAAUAGGCACAGGCAUCCAAUAGAGGAACAUGGGCAGUAUAGGAGGAGAGUUUAACUUCACUCAGGUGCUGCUGAUGCUACUGCUGGACUCUUAAAUGGCUUGGUGGCCUGGUAUGUGGAGUCUGUCUUCCCAGGGGCUGUAUGGUACACCCAAACCUUGGUACUUCUUUCUCAUGCCCUCCUACUGGUGUGGAGAACCUAUAUCCUUUACGAAUUCAGUGCUGGAGUUGGGGGAUCCUCAGAAAGCUCUGAAAAGCAAGUUCAUUCAGGAAGAGCCUACUGAUUUGAUAAAAGGAAUUGAAAUCCAACAUCUAUACAAGCUGAAAGACUUGUUGCGCCAGAAGUGCCCUGAAGAAAUCAAUUGUGUGCUGCACAUCCUCAGUCUGGAGGACAAACGGGACUCCCGGAGCAGGUUCCUGAGUGGGGGAAUGAGGCACAAGCUCUCCAUUGGCAUCGCCCUCAUCGGCAUCACCCUCAUCGCAGGCUCCAAGGUGCUGAUGCUGGAUGAGCCAACCUCAGGCGUUGACGCCAUCUCCAGGAGGGCCAUCUGGGACCUUCCUCAGCAGCACAAAAGUGACCGCACCAUCCUGCUGACCACCCACUUCAUGGAUGAGGCCAACCUGCUGGGGGACCGCAUCGCCAUCAUGGCCAAGGGGGAGCUGCAGUGCUGCGGGUCAUCUCUGUUCCUGAAGCAGAAAUAUGGUGCAGGAUAUUAUAUGACUUUAGUGAAAAAACCUCACUGUAACAUGGAGAAGAUUUCUCAUCUGAUUUAUCAACACACACCAAAUGCAAUUUUCCAGUCUAGCACUGGAGAAGAAAUAACAUUUAUACUUCCUAAAGAGAGCGUGCACAAGUUUGAAUCUCUAUUUACUGACUUGGAACUGAGGCAGGAAGAGCUGGGCAUUGCCGGCUUUGGGGCCUCCAUCACCACUAUGGAAGAAGUCGUCAUUCGGGUUAGUAAGUUGGUAGAUUCCAGUAUAGAUAUACAAAUCAUCAAGCUUCCCUCCUUCCAUUCUCACCCUCUGGUUAGCAGAGUUCCUGUUAAUAGAAUUAAAUGUCUUCAUUCAAGGAUUUUCUCAAUACAGUCCAGCCUACCAAUCCAACCAAACACUGGGUUCAGCCUUCUCUGCCAACAGUUCUAUGCCAUGUUCUUGAAAAGGGCUACAUAUUCUUGGUGCAACUCGAUGAUGAUGCUGUCAAUACAGAUCCUGGUACCUCUGGUGAUCCUUAUGGUCAGCCUCUCAUUCCUCAACUUCAGUACAAGCAUGGAAAAUGUCCCAUUGGAGUUGACCCUAAAAACAUAUGGUCAAACUAUUGUUCCAUUCUUUAUUUCUCUGAAAUCCAGGCUAGGUCCUCAGCUUUCAGAACAUUUUACAGAUAUGCUCAUGGCUGAAGAACAGAUUCCUCUGCAGCUCAUGGGGAAUGUAGAGCCAUUCCUCCUGAAAAAGUUAGAGGAGGAGCCCGAGGUCUUUGAUCAGAACUACCUAGUGGCAGCUUCCUUUGAAGACGUGGGGAACCACACCAUAGUGACAGCGCUGUUCAACAACCAGGCAUACCAUUCCACUGCCCUGGCGCUGGCACUGGUGGACAAUGUCCCCUUCAAGUUGCUUUCUGGUGCCAGGGCUUCAAUAACGGUAUUCAACCACCCUCAACCUCAGUCAAACAAGGAGACCUCGGAGAAUAUCUUGUACGAGGGUCCUAAAGGACAUUAUCUUGUUAUCAACUUACUUUUUGGAAUGGCUUUCCUGUCUAGCUCUUUCUCCAUCUUGACAGUCAAAGAGAGAUGCAUCAAGACCAAGCAGGUCCAGUUCAUCAGUAGCGUUUAUGUGACUACUUUCUGGCUCUCCGCUCUGCUGUGGGACCUCAUCUCCUUCCUCAUCCCCACUCUGCUGCUGCUGGUGGUGUUUUUGUACUAUGAUGAAGAAGCUUUUACACCAGAAAACAUCCCUGCUGUUGUCUUGAUGCUAACGCUCUAUGCCUCUAUCAUCCCCUUCAUCUACCUGACCAGCUUCUGCUUUGACAAUGCGGGUAGCGCCUGUGUUAAGCUCAUCAUCACGCUCACCUUUUUGAGCAUCGACCCCCUUGUUCUCGUCUCAGUCACAAGUGAAAAAGAUCUAGGCUACACAAAAGUCUCAGAGUCUUUGGAUCACACAUUUCUACCGCUUCCAGGCCACUGCCUGGGGAUGGCUUUCUCCAACUUAUAUUACAACUUUGAACUACAGAAGUUUUGCAAUGCCAAGAGCCUGAACCAGACUGAGUGCAAUCAAGUUUUCCCCUCCCAGAUUGUGAGGCAGUGGAUCGGCUACUCUCCCCAGUUUGAUGUCCUGCUGGACCACAUGACGGACAAGGAGACACUGGUCAUGUACGCCCAGCUCCGGGGCAUCCCCAAGCUCCACAUCAGUGCCUGUGUGGACCAAAUUCUUGAUGAUUUACUCAUGUACACGUACGCCGACAACCUGGUGAAGACCUACAGCGGUGGCAACAAGCGGAAGCUGAGCACCGGCACUGCCUUGCUUGGAGAGCCCACAGUCAUCUUCCUGGACAAGCCGUCCACUGGCAUGGACCCCGUGGCCCGGAGCUUGCUCUGGGGCACCGUUGCGAGGGCCUGCAAGUCUGGCAAGGCCAUUGUCAUCACCUCCCACAGCAUGGAGGACUGUGAGGCCUUGUGCACCUGGCUGGCCAUCAUGGUGCAGGGUCAGUUCAAGUGCCUGGGCAGCCCACAGCACCUCAAGAGCAAGUUUGGCAGUGGCUACUCCCUACGGGCCAAGAUCUGGAGCGACAGGCAGCAGGAGGCCCUGGAAGAGUUCAAGGCAUUCGUGGACCUGACCUUCCCAGAUGUUUGGCAUUUUGGAGCAAGCCAAGAAAAAGUACAUGUUGGAAGACUACUCAGUCAACCAGAUCUCUCUGGAGGACAUCUUCCUGAGCUUCACCUGCCCUGUGCCCCCCAACCAAGGGGAAAACAAACAAGCGAAGGCAGAACCUGCAGGCCCCUUGUUACCCUUUCCACCUCUCUCUCCACCUUCUUCCCAGCCUCCCUCCCUGCCUCCCUCCCAACCUCCCUCCCAGCCUCCCUCUCCACCUCUCACUCCACCUCCCACUCCAUCUUCCUCCCAGCCUUUCUCCCAGCUUUCCUCCCAGCCUCCCUCCUGGCCUCCCACUCCACCUCCCUUCAGGUCUUCCUCCUGGUCUUCCUCCUGGCCUCCCUCCCAGCCUCCCUCACCACUUCCCUCAAAGGCUGUCUUGCUGUAAUAAAGAGUUCCCAGUGCCAGGUUAGCCCAGGUGCACACAGCCUGCCAUGGGCUGCAAGGGUUACAGAGGCAACUUGAGGACCCAGUGAGCUCAGCUUGAGGGUGGAGGGGUGGGGGCAGCUCUCUACCAGAUUUAGGCCACUCACCUUAGAGGCCUGAUGGAGGACCCAGGUGCAUUUCUGUGGAAAAGGAUCCCCUCAAGUCCCACCUGGGUGGCUUUCAGCCUCACUGAGACCUGGCCAUAGAAGCAGCCUCAGAGGAACAACACCUGCCAUGUCCUGUCAGGAGUAUGGAGGCCUGGGGGUGACCAUGGUUGUAAUGAUGCCGUACUUCUGAAGGUAGGAGGAGAGAAGAGAUUGACAAGUUUGCAAACUUAAAGCACCAUUUUUCAAUAUUUGGAUUUGUGGGGCUCCAUUUGUUCUCUGCCCUGGCCCACGCGAAUGUUAGGGGUGAGCCUGUAUAUGGCCCUCCGUCAACCCAUGACGUGGACAUGAUUAUUAUCCCAUUGCCCAGAAGAGUAAGCUGAGACUUAAGAGAUAUCCGGCAACUUUCCAUGGUCAACAGAUGGUAGAGCCAGGAUUCAACUCAGGCAGAAGUUCUCAAAGUGGAGUCUGACCAGAAGCAUCCACAUCAUCCAGAAACUUGUUAGAAAUGCAGAUUCUUAGGCCCCACCCCAAACCCAUUGAAUCAGAAGUCUGGGAGGUGAGGACCAGCAAUCUGUGUUAACAGGUGCUUCUGAUGCAGCUCAGGCAUGAGAAGAACUAAGCUAAGCCUGUGAGCUCAGACCAUCCGGCCUGAGUGCAGAUGGGUGUGGCCGUGUACCUUUGUCACGAGGGCUCUCCUCCGAGAAGUGCCCUGCCCAAUAGCCUUUCUCCCUGCAGCAUGGUCACACCCGCCCCUCUACAAAGCCCCAUUCGGCUUCUCCUUUGCAGGUAGUUCUCUCCCUCCCUUCUCAGCUCAGCUCUGGGAAAGUGGUGUCUACCAUCCCUGCCCACACUCCCUACCUCCCCUCACCACUCACCAAAAGUACAGCGUUGUCACAUGCCUGGCUGCCACACCCACUCCAUCCAUUUUUCCUGUGACUUCUCUGAGGCAUCUCAGUGUCCCCUGCCCCCUUCUCCCCACUGCACCAGGCCCCCCAUGGCCCCUCAUCUGCCUCCUCUGUAGGCUCCUCUUCCUUUCUCUCCGAGUGGGGGAUGCCUCAGGCUCCCAGCCUGCUUCACUUUUCCUUACUCUCCCCUCUGCACCCUGCUACCAUUGAGUUUCUUUCUCAUUCACCCCAGGCCUUCAACUGCCAUCUUAUUCCAGUCAGGAACUUGCCUGAGCUCCCAAAAAUCUACUCUUCCAGUGAGUUCUCUCACCUUCCUGAAGCCCAAUGGGAAAUGGGCUCUUCUCACACCUUCUGGGAGUGGCUCAUCACCCCUCUGAGCCCAGGGGCUCUUACUGCCAGGGCAGUGGGUGGGGGUGACAGAUGGCAUGGCUGCAGCAGAGCCAAGAGAAGAACGCCUAUUUCCUGAUAAACAAGAAAACUUUACCUCUGAAUAAAUAAAAAGAGUGGUAAGGACAUAGGAGCAAGAUAGAGGACAACUGAGAGACUGGUCAGGGUGCCACUUGGACUCCACAGACACGCAGCGUCACAGGGGAGCGAGAGCGUGACUUACUCACUCACUGGUGAAGCCAAUGCCACCAAAAUCUAACACAGAGAGUGUACCUCUGCCCUGGGGAGACCAGCAACAAAGAAAGUAACAGUGCAGGGGGAGGACAACAAAGUACCAAAUUGGGAAACAGUAACCAAUGGAAACAAAGGUGAGGUGAAGAAGACUGAAAACCCUUAGGGGUCCUGUGGAUUCUCCUGUCCUCUGGUGUGGGAACGUGGGGCAUCUGGGGAGCAAGUUCCAAGCUUGCUCUGCUCUACCCACUCCUCUUCCCAUGAACAUCACCCCUGCCCCUCCUCCACCCCCAGCUUCCAAGGCCUCAUAUCCCAUGCUGUGGUCAUCCGUUCGUCUCCUGCUCCAGACUGGCAUGGAGCCUUGGCACCAUGGCUCCUCUGUGUGUUCGGCUGCUGAGCACAGACCAAGUACCCUGAAGGGGUUCAGCGAGUAUAAGUGGUAGCGGGACAGAGUGCUGUCUGAGGCUGUGGGGAAAUGGGGGAGGAGAGUCUUGCCCCAGAUUCCCCGGCUUCUCCAGGAAAAGCCACUCUGUCCUCUUCCAUCAAACACUUCUCCCAGGAGACUGCAUUUCUUUCCUUGUCCGAAGGUCUCAUGAAAGAGGUGGGAUGUGAGCUGGUUGCAGAAAGACAGACUGGGUGGGCACUGCCUAAUACCUGAGUAAACAGAACGCUCAGCUGUGGCUGAAAGCAGCCAGUAAAGCAAGCAGGUGUGCACUUCUAUUUUAGUUGGGCUCCCAGGUGACCACGAGGAGACAUUGGGGACUGACAGGGGACGAUAUCUAGUCCAAGUGAGAAGGUGAGGGCUUGCCCUGGGCAGGGAUGGAGGAGGGGUCCAGGGUGAGCCACGUUUCAAGGGAGGAAGGAGUCAAACGUGUUGGAUGAGUCAAUGAAGAUUUCGAGCACCAGGUCUCUGGACUCCACUUUCUGCAUUACGAUCUAUGCCAACAGCGACUCGGCCACCGAACCAGGGGUCUCCUCGCCUGAAGCAAGGGCUGGAAGAAGGGCGUGCGUCCUCGGGGUGCGGGUCGGAAAGGUCAGGGCCAGCCUCGGUGAGGCGCAGCCCGCGGGUGCCGGCUAGCCUGCGUCCCCGCAGGUAGAAGACCACGUCGGGGUCCCCGCUCCGAGACCCCGGGCUCGGAGGCGCGGCCGGUCCGCUCAGACCUUCACUGACAAACCAUUGCACGCCGUGGCCUCCGGUCGCCAGGACCUCUUGCCGCCGAGUCAACCACAAGGCCUAAGCCCAGAACAGGCCAGGUCCACGCGGGCCGGAGCGGAUUCAGAGACACUGCUGCAGCCAGGCCCGGAGCCACGCUCCUUAGGGACACCCGCCAGGGCCGGGGAGGCGGGGCGGCCGCGCAAGCUCUACCAAUCAACAGCCGGCGUUCGAAUUCGCAUCCUGGCGCGGCCAAUCGCGAGC